AUGGAUCCAAUGUCUUCUUGUUCUGUUCAGAAAUUCGUUUUCUGUGCUCUGAAACUGUACUUGACUGAAGUGGAUGGUGUUGAUUUCCAUAAUGCCCCCGAGGAAGUGAGGAGACUCAUCAACCUUUGGGUUGAAACCCGUACACAUGGUAAAAUCAAGGACCUUCUCCCCAAGGACAGCUUUGACUGCCUUGCUCAGCUCCUGCUGGUGAAUGCUCUCUACUUCAAAGGACAAUGGGAAGUGAAAUUUGACAAAGAGCUCACAGAAGAAGCUCCCUUUUACCCUCAUCAUGCAGAUGAGAAGGAAUGCCACAGUGUACAGCUGAUGCACAGGAAGGGUGUCUACAAUGCAGGGACAAUUGACCUAUGCAACGUUCAAGUCCAAGUUGUUGAGAUCCCCUACAAGAACAAUGAACUGACCUUCGUUCUACUGCUGCCAGUAGACUGCAAUGCAGAAGCUCUUGAACAGCUGGAAGAUGGACUUAGCCACGAGCAUCUGCUUGACCUGUCCUGUCAUCUGAAGGCCAUUGAGGUGGAUUUGGCCAUUCCCAAGUUCAGCUCAGAGAAGAGCAUUGAAGCCAACGAAUACCUGAAUCUGCCGGAUCUGACUGACCACGAAAAGGCCGAUUUCUCUGGAGCAACCACAACAGAAGGCGUGGCUCUGACUCAGCUGGUCCAUGAUGCUGCUAUCGAGAUUGAUGAGGAGGGUGGUGAAGAACCAGAGCCAGUCCCUUGCCCCAAGGAUAGGCGUCCACGUCGGGAACCUGUGGAGAUUCGGGCUGACCAUCCUUUCCUCUAUUACAUCGUGCACAAUUGCACCCAGAGUAUCAUUGCUCUCGGUAGAUUUGCUAAGCCAGAAUAAAGGAAGAGUGCAUGCAACAAGAUCAAUGGAAAAUGGAUACGGAAAAUCUUUUAUAGAAGAAUAUUGUUUCCCCCUCUCCUCUUUACUCAGCAAGGCCAAGCUUUGCAUAGCUUUGGGCAAAGAGAACUUUCAUUGGGUGGCGGGCCUAAUUUUCAUGGUAUGACAACAAUGUUUUAUUGCUCUACCUGCCUUCUCCUGUCAUUUUACAUCUUUUCAAUAAGAUGUUUGAUAAAUGACAAUAUUGCGAUGGAAGAAGCUGCACUUCCUUGGGCCACAACUAAUUUUUUCUAAAUGGAACACUGGGGUGGAGUCAGGAAAAUGUCGCUAUUCUGGAAUCUGCUUCUUGAUGAAAGUCGUCUUGUUCUUUCCUGAUGCAAAUCUGCCUAACUAACUGAAGCAAAACUAACUAACUGAAGCAAAAUUCAAAACAAAAAAAUUCCUUCCAGUAGCACCUUAAAGACCAACUAAGUCAGUUCUUGG